AUGCCCCCCACCGCCUCAUCCUCCUCGACACUCUUCCUCGCUCCCUCGCGGCGGCAAACCUUCCACAAAUCCCGCAAAGCCGCUUCGACAAAACACCUCAACUGGCCUUACCCUCUCUCUGGUGCGGCGGCAAAGUCUUCGUCGAUCCACCCUGACAGGCUCGUCGAAGCGGGGUUCUACUCGACGCCUAUUGAUGACGACCCGACUGUGACGACGUGUUUCGCGUGCGGAGUCGUGGUGGGUAUGUGGGAGGAGGGAGAGGAUGCAUUGUUUCGCCAUGAAGCGGCGGCUGAGGAGGCGGGGAUUAGGUGUCCGUUUGCGACGGUGCGGCGACAUGGAUGGGGCGAAGAGGGCGUCGAUGCGCCUGGACGGGAGAGGGAGAGUUGGGACGAGUGCUGGGGCGAGGAAGGGGAGUGGCAUCCCCGCGGUGAGAGGAUGAACGAGGCGAGGAGGGGGACGUUCGAUGUCGGCUGGCCGUACGACGAUGACGGCGAUGGCGUUCCUACGCGCGAUGAGAUCGCAGCAGCAGGCUGGUCCUUCCGACCCGGCCCAACCGCCGAAUCAGCCGACCAAUGCGCCUGCAUCUACUGCGGCCGGACAGUCGAAGGAUGGGAAGCGGGCGACGAUCCCAUCGCCCUGCAUAAGCGGAAGGUCGGCUUGAGAUGUCCAUUCUUCCUCGCCGACGACCCGAAGCCCAAGUCAACUUCGACGCCCGCCUCGACGAGCACGAGCGCGAGCAGCAAGUCGAAGCGUGGGAAGAAGGCUUCGACGGCACCUUCAACCGCCAGCGACGCCGCUGCGAGUCUGAAGAAGUCCACGCGCGGUAGGGUGCCGAAGGUUGUCGAGCAGGAAGAGCCAGUAGAGGACGACGCGCCCGCGGCGACCGAAACGACGGAAGAGUCUGAGCCUGUCAAGCUGCCGACGCGGCAGUCUGCGCGCAAGGGCAAGACUGCGGCGAAAGGCAAGGCGAAGAAGAGUAAGGUUGCGAGUACGCCGGCACAGUCGGAUGUUGAGGAGGAGCUGGAGCGGGAGGAGGAGGAGGUUGUCGAGGAACCUGCGCCUGUAGCGAAGAAGUCCACCCGCUCUCGAGCCGCCUCAAACGCCUCAACCACCUCAUCCGCCAUGCCCCCUCCGCGCGCUGCUGCACUCUCCCGAUCCGUCCGAGGCCGCAAGCCAGUCGACGAGUCGGACGUGGAAGUCGCCGCGGCGCCGAAGUUGAAAAAGUCGACGAGGGGGAAGAAGGCGCCUGAACCUGAGCCCGAACCUGAGGCUGAGGUUGAGCAGGAGCUGGAGCAGGAGGAGGCGGACGAGUCGAUCGCCCAGUUGGCGGCGAUCGCGAAUGCCGCGCUUGAGCUCCAAGACGCAGAGGUCGGGGUGGAGGAGGUCAAGGAGAAGCCGAAGCCGGCGAAGGGGAAGAAGGCUGCUGCGGCGUCGAAGAGUAAGACGCUUGCGGCCAAGAAGCAGAAGGAGGAGGUCGAGCAGGUCGAAGACGUCGAGAUGCAGCAGGAGGAGCAAGAGCGGGCGGAGGAGCAGCGACUCACCAAGCCUCGGUCGAAGGAGGCCGCUCCGCCCGUCGUGGCUGCUGUCCCAUCAGCUGCUUCGACGUCGGCGACGGCUGCCGCCCCAGCGCGCUCGCCGCUCUCGCCUACUGUCUCGCCUACUUCGCCUUCCCGCCCCAUCCGCGCCCUUCCCUCCAAGGUCCACGCGUCCAAGUCGCCCUCGACCGCCGCCGUCAAGGCGCCAACCCCGCCUCGACCCGCUUCCGUCGUUCCUCCUGCACCCGUCCUGACGCCCGCUCCCGCUUCUCCCGCCCCAAUCUCGACUAAGCCGGCCUCCGCCUCUCCCGCCGUCGACCCGACUCGGCCCUGGACUCCCCCCUCCAACGCCUUCGCCUCCGACCUCCUUUCCCUCCUCCCGCCUCCAACAGACUCCGAACUCUCCACCCUCACCGUCGGCGCCUGGUACACCCUCUGCGCACAGCGGAUCCAAGACCGCUUCGAAGCCGAGACGGACGAGUUGCGGCGUGGAUUGGAGGCGCGGAUCGCGGCGGGCAGAGAGAGGUUGAAGGAGCUGUGUGAGGAGGCGAAGGAGAGGGAGGUCAGGGAGGAGGCGGAGGAGAAUAGGCGGAGGAAGGAGAAGGCGAGGGAGAAGAAGCUCGCUGCGGCUGCGGCGGCAGGAGCAGGGGGACGGACCGCCGUCAAGGCUGGUGGUGGGUCGGCGCGCAAGCUGCGGUAG